AUAACAAUUAUAACAUUUCUUUCAAUACAUAUAUGAAUUCGAAAAGUAUGACAUUGUUUCAAAAGCUCGUGGAUGUUGAAACAAUCCGAGAGACCCAACGAGCAAAAGGUCUAGCCACCAUUCUUGCCAUUGGCACUGCAACUCCUUUCAGUUGUGUUAAUCAAGCUGAUUAUGCCGACUAUUAUUUCCGCGUUACAAAUAGCGAGCAUAUGAUUGAUCUUAAGGAGAAGUUUAAACGCAUAUGUGACAAGACAAUGAUCAAGAAGCGAUUCAUGAUUCUCUCGGAAGAGUUUCUAAAGGAAAAUCCCAACAUGUGCGAGUACAUGAGUCCGUCUUUGAAUACUCGUCAAGACUUGUUGAUCACUGCCGUCCCGAAGCUCGGCGGGGAAGCUGCUAUCAAAGCCAUCAAGGAGUGGGGAGUCUCAAAAUCGAAGAUCACUCAUCUCAUCUUUUGCACCACCUCGGGACUCGACAUGCCUGGUGCUGACUUGCAACUUACCAAGCUACUUGGUCUUUCCCCUUUGGUUAAACGACUCAUGAUAUAUCAACAGGUAGUGGUGUGCAUGGAACUUGUUUCAUGUUUGAAUGUUUGUUAUUGGUUAUCAAUAUAGGCCAAAAAAAUUAUGCUCAAAGAUAGUUUGAGCCAUUUUUUAGGCCCAAAUAUUACAAGCCAAAAUAUAAAACUGAAAACGAACCCAUUUUUAGGCCGGCCCAUUCAAGAAAA